CAGGAAUAUCUGUUAUAUUCGCGUGUGUUAUUGUACAUUCGAGCUGAGCUAUAUAAUCUUAUUACACAGAGAAUGUGUCGGAUUUCCGCAUAUUUAAGUGUAUAAGUCAACUAUAGAAAACACCUUCUCAAAAUAUUUCGUAUGCACACAUACUCUUGUGGGCGAGCUGAGUCACGUGACGUCUACAUUGUACUGACGCUGAGUUAUCUGCGUGUACCGGCGACAGGCUAUCGACACGUUUGUUAACAUCCCAUAUUCACUACACAGAGAGCUAUCUCGUAACAGCAACGAUGGGAAACUCUUGGGGCCAUGGAACUGUUCGUGAUGCGGACGAUUUUGAUCCGGAACCAUCCGCUCAGAAGCUCAAGGACGCCAUGACUGGGUUCGGAACCAGUGAAGAACCUAUUGUCGAGAUCCUCGGUAACCAUUCAUUCCAACAGCGCAAACAGAUCGAAGAUGUGUUUAAAACGUCAUUUGGCGAGGAUCUGGUGGAGAUGCUCAAGUCAGAGCUGGGAGGAAACUUUGAGGAUUUGGUUGUGGCUAUGUUAACUGCUCCUAGAUUGUACGACGCCAGGGAAAUUAACAGGGCCAUAUCGGGUGCUGGCACGGAUGAAAGCAUGCUGAUUGAAAUUUUGGCUACUCGCUCAAAUUCAGGAAUUGAGCAGAUCAAAGAAGAAUACAAAAAUGAGUUUGACGCCGAUAUGGAAGAGGAUUUGAUGGGGGACACCAGCGGUUAUUUCAGACGUCUGAUGGUGUCUCUUUGCAACGCAGGUAGAGACGAGUCCGAGGAUGUGGACUUUGACCUAGCGCGAGAGGACGCCAACAAGAUCAAAGAGGCAGGAGCUGACCAGUGGGGUACAGAGGAGGCUGAUAUUAACGCUGUCCUCUGCCGGAGGAACGUGAUGCAGCUGAGGGCGACAUUCCAGGCCUAUCAGGAUAUUGCUGGUCAGGAUAUCAAGGAGGCCAUAGAGAACGAGUGCAGCGGAAGUCUUCAAGACGGGUACAUUGCCAUCAUCAGAGCAGCGGAGAAUUUGCCGGCCUAUUUUGCUUGGCGUAUUCAUAAGAGUAUAUCGGGGGUCGGAACAGAGGACAAGGACUUGAUUCGACAGAUCGUCUCCAGAAGUGAGAUUGAUAUGGUGGAAAUCAAGGAGAGCUAUCAGGAACAGUUUGAGAAGUCGUUGGAGGCAGCCGUGGAUUCCGACUGUGGAGGAGAUUACAAAUCACUUCUGCUGGCCAUUCUUAGAGACCAGACACUUUUUGGGACACUCCAGACACUCUACAUGGGAGCAGCGUUGGGUACAGUCAAACCAGUGAGUGAUUUCAACGCUGACGCUGCUGCUCAAACCCUCAAAGAUGCCAUGAAGGGAUUCGGCACCAGCGAGGAACCGAUUGUGGAUAUUCUCGGUAACCAUUCUUACGAACAAAGAAAAGAAAUCCAAGAUGUGUUCAAGACCACAUUCGGUCAGGACCUGGUUGAGGAGUUGAAAUCUGAACUGGGAGGUAACUUCGAGAACAUCGUCGUAGCGUUGCUGACACCUCCCAGAGUGUAUGAUGCCAGGGAACUGCAUCGUGCUCUCAGCGGAAUUGGCACAACAGAGAGCAUUCUCAUCGAGAUCCUGUGUACUCGCUCCAAUGAGGAAAUCGAGGAGAUAAAGGAAGCGUAUAAAAAUGAGUUUGAGAGUGAGCUUGAGGAAGAUUUGAAAGGGGAUACCAGUGGUUAUUUCGGCCGCCUCAUGAUAUCUCUAGUUAACGCCGGACGGGAGGAGUCCGAGGACGUGGACUACAGUCUGGCAGCAGAGGACGCACAGAAAAUCAAAGAGGCUGGUGAAGAUCAGUGGGGAACAGAUGAAUCCGAUAUAAACGCCAUCUUAUGUCGGAGAAGUAUUCCCCAGUUACGAGCGACAUUCUUUGCGUACAAACAAGAAGACUGCGCCAACAAAGACCUGAAGGAAUCCAUAGAGGGUGAAUGUAGCGGUAGUGUCAAAGAUGGCUACUUGGCAAUAAUCAAGUCUAUUGAAGACUUGCAGUCCUACUUUGCUUGGCGGAUUAACGAAAGCAUUGCUGGUUUUGGGACGAAUGACCAAGAUCUCAUUCGACAGAUCGUGUCGCGGAGCGAGAUCGAUUUGGUCGAAAUCAAGCAAUCGUACCAGGAACAGUUCGAGAAAACGUUAGAAGAGGCUGUAUCUGGGGAUUGUGGCGGCGACUACAACAGCAUGUUUAUGGCAAUACUUCGCGAGCAGUGAAGACAUUUCUUGGAUUCUUAUUAACCUUGAGCUGAAUAUUUUAGGCAUGCUGAUGUCUGGACUCCACAUGGUGUCUGGACUCCACAUGGUGUCUGGACUCCACAUGUGCGUCCACAUAUGCACGCACCACGCGAUGUCCAUUCACAUACUGUCUAGGUGCCGUGGAACUCCAUUUGUAGGGAGAAUGACUAUUUAAGAACUGAUCUAUUCUCUUGAGAAUAGUGUAAAUAUUCAGUCAACCCUGUAUUCAUUAAGAUGAUCAGUUUGUCUUUAAAACAACUUUGACAUGUACUGUAAAUUUAUUUGUUCUCACUUAAACUGAAUAUUCCUGACUAAAAUUUGGUCGCGAUGGUCAAGGUGGAAACUCCCGUCCCAGUUAAAAGCCCAACAAAGUUUUUUCAGUACUGAACACGGCUCACGUAUCUGAACAACGUAUUAUAUACUUCGGGAUUCCGUUCAAGGUGAUAUAAUUGAAGUUACAUGUAUUUGUCCAAAGUGUUGUGUUCUAUAAAACAUCAGCAACUGAAAAAUGUUCCGUAUUUAUUUAAUACAUGACUUUCUGUUA